GGGAAAAAUCAAGAUCCUUGUCCAAUUGCAAACAGUUGGAAGUUCUCAAUUUAGGGAACAAUCACCUCAAUGAUACAUUCCCUAUGUGGUUGGGGACUCUUCCAAAGCUACAAGUUUUAAGCUUGAGAUCUAAUAAACUGCAUGGACCCAUCAGAACUUCGAGGAUUAAUAACUUGUUUCCUCAGCUUCGGAUGUUAGAUCUCUCUUGCAAUGCAUUUACAGCAGAGUUGCCAACAAGACUUUUUCAAAAUCUGAAAGGCAUGAGGAGAAUUGAUCAAACAAUGAACUCACCACGUGAUGAAGCACAAACAGGUUACCAAGACUCGGUGACUGUUGUAACGAAGGGGCUGGAGCUUGAAGUUGUGAGAAUCUUGUCUUUGUACACCACUAUGGAUCUCUCAAACAACAAAUUUGAAGGACAUAUUCCUAGUGUUCUGGGAGAACUCAUUUCGCUUCGGAUGUUGAAUCUGUCUCACAAUGGAUUGGAGGGUCAUAUCCCGCCAUCACUAGGAGAGUUAUCUGUAGUGGAAUCAUUAGACCUUUCAUUCAACAAGAUUUCAGGAGAGAUACCGCAACGACUAGCUUCUCUUACAUGUCUUGCAGUUUUUAAAUCUCUCCCGCAACCAUCUUGAAGGAUGCAUCCCGAAAGGACCUCAAUUUGCUA